AUGGCCUUAGACUGUCAAGUUGUGAGCGUGUCGGCGCCUGGGAAGCUGCUGCUACUUGGCGAGCACGCCGUAGUUUACGGAUGUCCUGUAGUAGCAGCGGCCUUAUCGGAAUUACGAGUUCAAGUAACAAUCACGUGCUUUCAUGUGCCUGCAGGUAAAGAACCAUGGAUUAGCUUUUCGUGCCCAGACAUCAAAUCCAAGCGUGAUAAUAAGCCAUUGCUUCGCAUGUAUGCAACUUCCAAGCUACAGAAAUUAGUGGACGGGCUGGAGGAUGAGUCUCACUACAUACCGACUCCGUCGCAUGAGGUGUUGACUCGCAUUGACCAUGCUAUGGACGGUGAGUUUUCUGAUGACGCUAAUGCAUUACGAGCUCCAAUUUUUCUGUGCUGUGCUAUGCUCCGUGUGUCCGGGUAUCUCAGUGGUUUAAAAGGAGGGCUACGUGUGGAGGUAAAAGCAUGUGGUUUGCCCAUCAGUGCGGGUCUAGGUUCUUCAGCCGCAAUGUCUGUAGCUCUUUCUGGAGCAUUUGCAGAGCUAUCGAGCAAUCCCCGAAAGCAUGAGCUAGAGUUUGUCAACGGUUACGCAUUUGCUGCCGAGGUUAUUCUGCAUGGUACACCCUCAGGCGCAGACAAUACGGUGGCCUGUUAUGGUGGUACAUUGCUCUAUCAAACGCUACCAGACAUGUCAUUUGAGCGCAUUCAGUGCCCAUUAGACCAGUUUCGUUUCCUUUUGGUAAACACGUGCGUUCCGCGUUCCACAAGAGAACAAGUUGCUAUCGUGCGAAAGCGCUAUGAUUCGGAUCGCGAAGCAGUACAAAAGCAGUUUGACACUAUUAAGCAACUUGUGGAAAAAUUUGUGGCGCUCAGUGAGCAAAAGGUGUUAACUGAAGAAGUAUUGGGUCAGAAAAUCGAACACAAUCAUCAAAUUCUCGUUAAUCUUGGCUUGAGCCACCCACAAAUUGACGAAGUGGUGCGUAUCUGCAAGCAAUUUAACGGAGCUACAAAAUUAACUGGUGCAGGUGGAGGCGGCUGUACAAUUUCUCUACUACCACGUAGUUUAAGCAACGAAGACGUAUUAAAGCUGAAAGCCCAGCUCGAGUCCAAAGGGUUUGAAUGCUUCACUAGCUCUAUUGGUGGUCCGGGUAUGAUGCGUGAUACCUCAGUCUCGAGUUAG